CCGCGAUCAUCGCUCAGAGGAGCUUCAGCAUUACUUUGAUAACCAACAAGUUUGCCCAGCAAAGAUUGUCGCGCAAAAUAACUUGUCAGUGCGCAUUUUCUUCAAUUUCGAUAUUUGAUCUCUUUUUUGCAUCUGUGGUUUUAUGCCGCUGCCAGUAUCAGUCGCUGUGUCCCUUCACCUUGUCCAAACAUUGGUGAACCUGUCCUCCGGUCGACUUCUGCAGUGUCUGAAAGGGACAUGUCCUUGACCAGCUAAAUGGCCAACAUGUCCCCUCUCAGAGGCUACAUCACAUCCUACCCUCCACGUCUACGCCUAUAUGGGAAUGCCUUACUCACUCCCGUCAUCCCUCCGAGUCAAGUCGGUCCGGCGCCGCGAACGAAGCGAGGGACUGCAGCCAUCAACUAUGCAGAGGACGGUUAUGAUGAUGAUGAUUUUGAGGACAGUGAAGGUCCCAGGCGUCCCACGGGACUUAGGAGUCUCCGACGAGAGGAGUCAACUUCCGAUAAGGUCCCUUUGGCGGAAAAACUGGGGAAAGAGAUACAUGCUCCUGUGGAGGUCCAAGGAAUAUUCCGUGACUGGAUGAUCAAACGGAUGUUGCGACCUGCAUGUGCCGAUCAGUUGCAGAUACAAGCGCAGCUCCCACUAACUCUUAUACCCAUUCGGAUUGACUUAGAAGUCCCUGCGCACCAACCUCUAGAGGCCUUUCCACAGCCGCGAACUAUGCUCGAUCCCGGAAUCACAAACACCCUACCAGCAUAUAGAAAGCAGGACCCAUUACCGUCCUACCGAAUCAAGGACACCUUUCUUUGGAAUCUCCACGAAGCCCUCGCUACCCCUGAAGAAUUUGCGAUCGGUUUUGUCCGCGACAUGGACCUACCCAAUCCGCAAGCAAUGACGAUGGCAAUCAGCAACCAAAUACGGCAACAAUUAGAAGAAUAUGCCGGUGUUGCACUACAUCCCUUGUUCCAAAGUCUACAAGGCAAACAAGCUACUUUGCCGUUAGCUAUAUCAAGGGACGUUUCCGCUACACCCACCCUAUCCCACGUUGCUACACCCGACAGCAGAGCCAACCAAGUGACGGUGACCAAGGAACCGAUGAUAAAUGACAGUUUAUUGAACCCCGACGACGCAUACAGAUGUAUGAUAAACUUGAAUAUCAAUUUGCAGAACAAAUUGUACACAGACAAAUUCGAAUGGUCACUACUACAUCCUCCUGGUAUGGCAGAGGAAUUCGCAAGAGUCACUUGCGCGGACCUAGGCCUUGGUGGAGAAUGGGUGGGGACCAUUGCGCAUGGCAUCUACGAGGCAGUUCUUAAGCUGAAGAAAGAAGUGUGCGAAAGUGGUGGACUGAUCAGUGGUAUCGGCGGUUACGGAAACGAAAUUGACAAUCAAGCGGCCAGCGGCGCCGAGGCGGGUUGGCGAUAUGACCCUGAGGGACUGGGUGAUGAAUGGGAACCCAAGGUGGAAACACUUUCCAAGGAGGAGAUUGAGAAGCGUGAGGGCGACCGUGAGCGACAGAUCAGACGUCUUAGGCGAGAGACUGCCAGAUUCUCUUCGACUGCUGGUAUCACACCCGAAGCUUCACGACAAGGAAGUGGCUACUUCGAUGUCGACAGUGAGACUCCCCUAGGUAGGGGCGAGAGGAGCAAGCGUAAGAGGCGGUUCCGCAGUCUCAGCCCGCUUGCUAGAGGCGGAACGCCUGGAGGUCGGGGCACGCCCGACACUGGGUCCGGUGCAGGUUAUGGUGGAGGUGGUGGAACACUUUCGGAAUGGGAACGACAAAAUUGGCGUUGCACGAAUUGCUUAGUAUGGGGUACCGCCGUCUGGGCUGUGAGAGAUGGACCAACAGGUCCAAGGACGCUCUGCCACAAUUGCGGUCUGCUAUACGAACGAGACAAGAUUGCGCCGGAAUGGUCACGAGAUCUACAUCGUCAUGAUAUGCCAGUUGGUCGGUAGAUAUCCCGGAUUUCAGCUAGUCAUACCUAUGGCAUUUGUCUUCAGACUUGUGCACUCUCCUGGCAGUUGUGAGACUUGGGAGAGCUCGCCGCCUCGAGCACUCUCAAACUGCC